UCCACCCAGUGCCAGCAGGCUGCCACGGGGCGGCCAAAGUGCGAGGCAGGUGUGACAAAAGGCAGCCACGGACAGGUAGGUCUGUGCCAGCCCGGUGGGCACGGGGGGUGCUGGGGUCAGGGACGAGCUGUGGCCUCGGGAACAGGGUGUGUCACGGCUUGUGCCAUCACUCUCUUCCAUCCCUCUCUUCUCCACCCGAGGACCAUGGGGCUCCGCAGUGUGACCAUCCUGCUGGGCACGGCCCUGCUCCUGCUGGCACCCGGCAGCACCCAGGCUCUGAGCAGCUCCUGGUGGAAGGACCUGGCCACAGUGCAGGAUUUGGCUGAGGAAAGCAUCCUGGGUGUGGGAACACCAGAGGAGGGUGAACCAGGUAUAAAGGUCUUCUCCGGCAGUGCUUGGGCUCAGAGGGGCCCACCCCAAGGCCAGGCAAGGCCAGAAGAGGAUGGUGACCAUCAGUACCAGCCCCAGGACGAUGCCAGGGAGAUCCGUGUGCCAUUCUGGAUGCCGGUUCCAGAGGUGCAGAAUGGCCCAGAGGAGGAUCGUGACCACCUGUACCACCCCCAGGACAAUGCCAGGGAGGUCAAUGCCCGUGUGCCAUUCCGGAUGAUCGCCCCAAAGGUGCAGAAUGGCCCGGAGGAGGAUCUUGACUACAUCCACCAUGGCUGAGUGGAGGUGUGCCUGGGCUGUGAGAUGAGGGGUGGGAGCUGCCCCUGGGGUUUCCUGGGGAAAUUUGUCUCUCUACCAAGCC